GCUGUGCGCUUGGUGAUGCAUCGAGGACGUCGGUUGGGCGCGAGCUGACAGAGCGUUUGAAAUGAGUGUUCGGACGGUGACCGUGACCGAGCCGGCGGCGGGAGGCGGUGGCGGUGACCGUGACCGUGACCGGGGCCUGCAGUCGACUGAAGCUGCAGACUAUUGUAAUUGCUGCUUAUUUGACAAGCUUUGCAGAGGAAAGGUGAAACUAAAGGAUCCAUCCUCAUGGCAGCCACAGAGCUCCUGUAGAGAGCAAUACCCCAUUCUAAGAGUCUCAUUCAAGGCAGAUGUACAAAUAAUGGUGUAACAUUCGAAGAUGGAAUUUAUCUUUGGAACAGCAAUGGCCUUAACCCUGAUGAGCACAUCAUGGAGUAGUUCAGUAAUGGUGAAUAGUUCAACGACACAGACAUUACAAGGUUUAUUUCUUGCACAGAAUAUAAAUCCAGAUAUUUACGAAUUUCAAGGUAAUUUGCAAAGAAAGAUCCCAGAUUCCAACGAGGUGGAUAUAUUUACCAAGAUUGCAGAAAUUAACAAACGAUUGGGCUCAUCAAAAUCUUUUGUUGAAUAUGGAGAUAUUGCAACAGGAAAUUCCAAAAAUGCCAUUAAGUGUCUCCGUGGUCCUAAGUCUUGUUUGUGGCCUCGUUCAAGAGAUGGAAAUGUUUAUAUACCAUACACACUUGAUACUUACUUCACCAAGGAGCAACAAAAGACUAUAUACGAUGCCAUGCAGGAGUUUGAUGAUCUCACGUGCAUAAAGUUCAUAUAUAGACGGCAUCAAAUGAACUAUAUUAAAAUUAUCGCAGGAGACGGCUGCUGGUCAAAUAUAGGAUAUAAUAGACGAAUACAGGUUACUUCACUCCAAAGAUAUGGUUGUACAAUUCGAGGGAUAAUACAACAUGAGUUAUUACAUACUAUUGGUUUUAAUCACGAGCAAAAUAGAAGUGACCGUGAUACAUACGUGACCAUCCUAUUUGAUAAGAUUAUCAAAGAAGCAAGAUACAAUUUUCUCAAAUUGAACACCAAUAACCUGGGAAUGCCAUACGAUUAUAAUUCAGUCAUGCAUUACGGCAGAUAUGCUUUUUCUAAAGAUGGCCAGAGCAGCACCAUUGUGCCCAAACCAGAUUCACAAGCAGUUAUUGGACAACGUUUUGGAUUGUCCACUCUAGAUGUCAAUAAGGUUAACAAGCUGUAUAAUUGCAAUAAGUGUGGAGGACUGUUAAUGGAGGAUAAUGGACUACUCAAUUCUCCCGGAUUUCCACAAUUAUAUCCAAAUAAUCUUAAUUGCAAAUGGCUAAUUAGAACACCAGAUUACAGCAAUCAAAUUUUCUUGCAGUUUACUACAUUUCAAGUAGAACAGUUUACAAACUGUUAUUCUGAUCACGUAGUAAUUUAUGAUGGUGACAAUUCAUUGUCACAUGUCCUUGAUGGACCAAAUUGUGGUGCAGAGAAUCCAGCAGUAAUAUCAUCUGGAGCAGCUUUAUUAGUUGAAUUUUUCACUUCACGUUCACAGAGGGCGCAGGGUUUCAGUGCCAAAUUUGAGUUUGUUGAAUGUGGUUCUACAAAGACAAACAAAAAGGAUGAAGUUGAUUUUAGAGCUUGGAAGAACGACGGGACAGAGUUAAAAUGUGUGUGGGUGCUGCUAGUACCAAGAGCAUUUAAGAUAGUCCUCACAUUAACUAUGGUGAACCUGGACACAACUCAAAAUUGUGAAAACAGCUACUUGGCCAUCUAUGACACUGCUGCUAUUCCAGCUAAACCCUUUGCAAAAUAUUGUGAAUCGUUAGAUGCGCCAAUCACUUUUACCUCAACUGGACGGACUGUUGUAAUAGAAUUAGCUCAUGUACAAGCAAACCUUGGAUGGGGAUUUUCAGCUGAAUACAAAUCUAUUAAAAAUAAAAAUCCUCCUACGGUUAUUACUUACAUGAGUGGCGGGAAUUGCCAGAACAGUUUUGCAGUAGUGCCGCCCAUCUUGCUAACUUCUGCAAUCCUUUAUUUCUGCAUUUUUCCCUACUUCUAAAAUUUUGACAUCUGUCCAUGGAAAUUUAGUCCAUCUGUUUUGUACAACUAAAGGUAUACAUAUGUUCCAAAAGCAUUUAAGAUAAAUUUGGAAUUAAUGUUCCGGUAUGAACGAACAAGCACAUCACACUUUCAUUACAUCAGUCUCUUCUAUUUAAACAAAACAAUUAACUCUUUGAAUCAAACAGAGAAGCAUACCUGAUAUUGGAACAAAUCUGGCGCUUUAUCUGCUUCAUUAAUUGUUUUAUCCUAGAGCAAAAUAUUCCUGCUUAUUAUUAUUUACUUUUGUUUUCUUUAAUUUUAAUAAGUCGAGAUAGAAAACAAAAAUUGUUAAUGCAGCUCAAAAGAUCAGCUCUCCAACAUUCAUGUUUACCGUACUGGCUGGCCUCCUGAGGAUCCAGAACUCUGGCAGGAAGCAUGCUAGGAAGGUGAAAAGUUAUAUCUUUCCUCACAAAAGCAGGCAUUAGCCCAUAUACAGUACUAUGGGCCGCGGAACCAGGGGCUGGGGGGCAUGCAGCCCCUCCGCUUUUUUAGCAAGACACGCUUCAUAACCCGAAAUUAUCCAGCCCGCAGGCGUAUUUUUCUCUUUUUCUGAGGACCUCCGACAUCCAGAAUCUCAGAAUAAGCGCACAGUGAGCGUGGCAAAACCACGACCAGCGAGGGCAGAAAUCGACUGCCUCAACAAAACCCUUCCUCUCCUCCGCUCAAAGGCCAAUUCACAGUCAAGGUAUGGGGCAGUGAAC